CCACUCGCGCGUCCGUUCCGCCUCCACUGAACAUCUCCUUUUAACACCCGGCUCCGGCGACUCGCCCCUUCCUCCACUGGUGCAUCCACCAUUCCACCUACCCCACCCCCACAACCCGCUCGCGCGGCUGUCCAAUGGCGGGAGGCGGGGCGCCGUCAGCGUGGGGCCCGAGCCCGGCGCUGGUGACCGCACUGGUGGCGCUGCUUGGGCUCGGCCUCGCCGCCUACAUCGUCGGCCCGCAGCUCUACUGGCACGCCGCGGAGGUGCUCACGGCGGCGGCCGCGUGCCCCGCCUGCGACUGCAACUGCGACGCGCGCCCGCUCCUCGACCUUCCGGAAGAUUGUGCUAAACACUUCAAAGGGGUCAAGAGUCGCGCAUCUGGUGAAGAGACAGAAAAGAGUUUCACAGAGCUGCUUGUAGAAGAACUAAAACAGAGAGAAGAGGAGGCAACACAAGCUCAGCAAGAGGCCGAUGUUAAGUUGCUCGAGGCCAAAAAGUUAGCUUCACAGUAUCAGAAGGAAGCUGACAAAUGCAGCUCAGGCAUGGAUACCUGUGAAGAAACUAGGGAGAACUCAGCGGAAGCAUUGGUCCAACAAAAGAAACUGACUUCUUUGUGGGAGCGAAGGGCUCGGGAACUAGGAUGGAGACCCGAGAAUGCCAAGGCACGUCUAAAGUAGUAAAACCAGUGGAUGGUGUUGGAUACUAUGUGUAGCAAUAGAUCUCAUUGUAAAACCAGUGGAUGGUGUUGGAUACUACGAGCUCGAGAUGAUGAGGAAACAAAUGAGUUCCUGGUUGGACUCGACUCUCUUUACACGCCAUGGGGCCUUAUUGUUCAUAGU